AUGGAUAGCCUUCGCAUACUCCAAUGGAACUGCUACUCUGUACUCAACGGCCUUCCAGACCUUAACACACUAGCUUCCUCUUGUUCUCCAGAUGUUAUCUUACUUCAAGAGACUUGGCUUUCUGCUUUUCGGUCAUUUUCUCUUCCCGGUUUUCAUGCGUGCCGCUUAGACCGACCAGCUGGCUGCGGUGGUGGCCUGCUGACACUUGUUUCCACAUCCCUCAUUCACUCUUCCUCUGUUUUCUAUGAGCAAUCAUCUCUGGGCUGCGAAGUGCUCGGCGUUCGCCUUGCCUCGCCGUCCCUGAAUACCUUUAUCAUCAACGUCUAUUGUCCUGGUGGCUUUCUCUCCGCCGGGCCCGUGGAUGCUGCUGUGGCCAAGGCUUCUGGUGAUGUUUUAGUAGCCGGGGAUUUCAACUCCCACCAUGUCCAGUGGGGCCAUAAGACCGACUCGCGAGGCCGGGACUUGUGGGCUUGGAUUUGCCAGCGAAACCUUUCUGUGGCUAAUGAUGGAUCGUCUACGUUUCUCCGAGGGACUGCGCGCUCUGCGAUCGACUUGACCUUGUGCUCUCCCCGGAUCAAGCUGUCUUCGUGGAGAGCCAUCGAUUCGUCCACCAACAGCGAUUACCUAACCAUUUAUUUCGAGCUCCUGUCUCCUGUCCUCCGCACUGUCUCUGUGCGGUCCCACUGUAACCGCUCUCUGCAAGAGAAGAAACUUGCUUCAUUGCUGGCUGGAAGCGACGAUCUCCCUCCUCUGGACAAGGCAAUCUCGUCUCUUUCCUCUCUCUCUCAAUCUCUGCAGCAGUCCACUUUUAGGGUGGAGAAACGUACUUCCUCCAGCUGUGCUCCUUGGUGGACCGGUGAUUGCACGAGAGCCUUCAGACGCCGCAAGGCAGCUUGGAAACAAGUGCUUGCUAACACAUGCUACACGAACUGGACACAUUUCCAGCGUCUCAAGGCGCUUUAUAAACGCACAAUUGCUGCCGCCAAGCGUGACUUUUAUUCGGGUCGCAACUCAUUCCUCUCAGCUCCGAACUGCAGGAAAGCGCUACACAGACACAUUGCUUUUAUCCGCAGAUCCUUCUCCACUGCACCCCCCGCUCUAACCGUCCUUUCCGAUGCCGACUCUAGCUCGCGCCUCGAAGGAGUCGCGAGGGGGCUUGCUCAGCGGUUCUCGAAUGCGGUAGCCGUAGUAUUACCUGCCCUUCCAGCUCCAUCCUCUGGGUUUCAUGCUGUCUCCCCCGCGGAGCUGGAAUGUGCUGUGAGGGCUCUUCCUAACAGUGCUCCCGGUCCUGACGGGGGCUGGAGGCGGUCUCGAAUCGUCGUCGUUCAGAAGGUGUCCUCCAGGGGCCUCUCUCUCGACAAUAUUAGGCCAAUUUACACUGACGUCAGUCCUUUCCUCGAGUGCCAGAUCCCCCUUGCCCGCGAGAGGGGAUUUCUCUCUGGGCUUGUGGCUCUAGAUGUUGCUAAAGCCUAUGACAGCGUAGAGCAUUCGGUGCUCCUCCAGGAGUUAGUGAACGCUAACACUCCCCCUUACCUGAUUGCUUGGGUCAUGGCCUUCCUUUGUGAUCGCUCGUUCUUCUGUUCUGCUGGUUCCCUAGUUUCUUCAUCUUACCCCCAGAGUAGGGGCGUCCCCCAAGGAUCGGUGCUGUGUCCCAUAUUAUUCAAUGUUUUGAUGAGCUCCCUUCCAUGUGACCCGAGCAUUACAACUUUUACGUAUGCGGAUGACAUUGCUUUCUUUGCUUCGGCACCCUCAUUGUCUGAGUUGUACGCCAAGCUUCAAGCCUACCUGGACACCCUGGCAGCCUGGAUGAGCUCUAUGCACCUUUCCCUGAAUGUGGACAAGUCGGCCAUGCUCGUGUUCCCGCUGAACACUCCAGUCACCAUCGACCUGCAAGUUGGCCUGCAAUCGGUCCGUCAAGUUAAGCAGCUCAAGUACUUGGGGAUGUGGUACGACGACUCGCUGAGCUGGCGUCACCACAUAGAUCACUUGUGUCUAAAGGCAACGAAGGCAAUCGGCGUCCUCCACCGGUGCUCUAGCCCCCGUGUCGGCAUGCGCAGAGAUGCCCUGCUCUACGUGUACCGUUCUUACGUGCGACCCAUUUUGGAGUUUGGAGCGGUCCUUUUUUCUUCCCUGCCUGACUGGCGAUUAACCAAACUGUACACUUUGGAGCGGCGGGCCCUCCGCCUCUGCUUGGGCCCUCCCCGGUAUUCGGCUAAUGAUGCACUUCUCCUUGAGGCCCGGUUGCCUUCUCUCAAGGCUCGGUUCCGGCUACUUACUGUGAGCGUCUUCCUGUCUCAGCGCCAGAACCCCAUUGCGCUGUCAAAUAAUGCGGCUCUCAAGGAUGCUCGGCUGUGGCUAACUCGGCAGUGGCACCGCAGAAAUACUCCGCAAUUAGUUUUCGCCCAGCAACUCCUUAUGCCAUUAAAGGUUUCGCUCUUGGAUGCCCUCCCUCUUGGGGCCCCGCUGGACCCUCCUUCUAUGCCACCGGAGCAGGAGGAGCUGACGAUCAGAGACUAA